AUGCUGGCUAUCGCCUCCUCAUCACUCUUCAUCUACAGCGACUUGUGGCUGGCCCAAUUUUUCCCGUAUUUCAAGAGCGCAAUAUUGAUGGGGCUCAAUUUGGAGUUGCUGGCGAGUGAUGGCGACUAUUUCGCAGAGGGCACCGAGAGUCUCCCCUUUGUCCACGCGUGGUCGCUGGCCGUCGAGAUGCAAUUCUAUUUGGUGGCCCCGCUACUGUACUAUAUAAUCGGAAUGAAAAUCGAGUACUACUUCACAGGAGUUGCACUCAUUCCGGUCUUUACAAUAUUUCUACCGUUCACCGGAAAAGCCGGCCCCCAGAAUUUGGCGCAGUUUAUUAUCCCGAUCUCUACGGCUGUGUUUUUGGCGAUUUCCUCGUAUUGUGACCGCAUCGACUGGUCACGCUUCCGGCUCAAUUAUAUUGCCACUAUUUCUUAUGCACUGUAUCUCGUCCACUAUCCCGUGCUAAAAUACGCACAAUACCUACAGCCUUUUCACUUUGAGCGGGUUCCAGUAUCGGUAAUCGCUCUCCCUUUCACAAUUUUGAUCUCGAUGGUUUUCCAUCACCUCUAUGAAAAACCAAUGCUUCGCGAGACAAAAACUCAAGUUUUCAAGCACAUGCUUCUGCUGUUUGCAAUUUUAUUAUUUUUUUCGUUAAAAUGGGAAGUCGUGGUGAAAUCGGAAUGUGAACAAAACGCCCUGGUCGAUGCUAAUAAAAAGUUUAUGAAGGGAUAUUUCCCAGCCUCCGGCGGGAAAUGGAUGAAAGACGAUUUUUCGAAAUACUCUGGUACUUUUGGGCAUUACGUAUACCAAGAAAAUAAGGGAAAUUUGAGCGUCGUUAUCGUAGGAAAUUCAUGGUCAUCACAGCAAAAAUAUAUUGUCCGAAAAUAUCUCCCGCCAAAUAUGACUUCGAGCAUGGAGUCGUUUGCAAUUCCUCGGCAUUCUGUGGUUUUUCACGAUUCGGGAGCCUACACAAAAGUAUUUUGGGAAAAGAUGGAUAAGACGAAGCCAAAGAUUGUUUUUAUCUUAUUACGGUACAAUGAAAAGGUACAUGACUUCUUGCCCUACAGGCCAGGAAACGAUACCAUUCUCAACAACUACCAACAGGCCGUCGAUCGGUUUGCGAAAUUCGCCGACCACAUCUUUGUCUCAAGCCAUCAGCCUUUUUUCUGCGAGGCCGAACUGAGCAAGAACGAUUUUUUGGCCCGAUAUAUUCGGCGGUUGGAGAGCGGAAAGGACUUGAAGGACUUCAACGCACCGUAUAAUGCAACCGACUUUGCCUCCAAUCCGGUACGCGUUCGGCUUAAGGUUCUGCUGUCUCGAUGCAAAAAAUGCCACUUGGUGGAUCUGGAGUCACCGUUUAUAGCCCUUAUCGCGCCUACACGAAAGUUCCGCGAAGACAUCGCCUUCAUCCGGGCGUUGGCCAUCAUUUCAGUGCUUGGCUAUCAUUUUUGGCCCGACAUCUUUGGCCUGGGGUUCAUCGGUGUUGACAUAUUUUUCGUGCUGUCCGGCUACCUGAUAAUGACAAUCUUGGCCCAGGACAAAUCGGGGCCCAGGGCUAAACUGCUCGUGAUAUCAUGCCUGUUCGUCUACAGCGGCGUCUGGCUGGCCCAAUUCUUCCCCUAUUUUCUGAGCGUCACUACUAUGCAACUUAACCUGAAGUUGUACGCGAGUGACGGGGACUAUUUUGCCGAGGUUGUACCUCUCGUCGCGUUACCACUGACGUUUGUGAUCUCAAUGCUCUUCCAUCACCUAUACGAAAAGCCCAUGCUGCACGAGAAGAAAAUGACCGUUCUCAAGCACAUCACCGUACUUUUUGUGAUUUUAUUAAUCGUGGCUUUUAAAUGGAAGCUGAUCUUCAAGACUGAAUGCGCCCAAAGCGCCAUCGUCCAAGCGAAUCGGCGUUUUGUGGGAGGCGGUUACUUUGUUGGCGGAGGAAAGGCACAAAAUGACAUUUUCAAAGCAUCUGGCAGCUUUGGGCAUUUUGUUUGGGGCAUUGUCCGGAAAUUCCUGCCCGGAAACAUUACGUCGAGCUGCGAGUCGUACGCGCGGGCCGAGAACUCAAUGAUAUUUCAUGACGCACAAAAUCUGACGCUUGCGCUGUGGCGCGAGCUGGACUUGAAGCAACCGAAGAUCGUCUUCAUAUUGUUGAGAUAUAAUUACUACCGCGGUGACCUGAAGCCGUUCCUCGGCGAGAAGAAUGAUACGGUGCUGGCCUACUACCAACAAGCCGUCGACAGAUUAUCUAUUUUCGCCGACCACAUCUUUGUCUCCAGCCAUCAGCCAUUCUUUUGCGAAGACGAGUACCGCAGAAACAAUUUUCUAAAUCGUUUUAUGGCAGCGCUGGAGCGCGGCCAGGAUAUGACCAAGCUGCAUAUGCCAUACAAUGAAGCAGAAUUUGCGGCACACCCGGUUCGGGUUCGUCUGAAGAUUGUGCUGAGUCGGUGUAAGAAGUGCCAUUUUCUGGAUCUGGAGUCGCCGUUUAUAGCGCUCACUUCUACCACCCGCAAGUUCCGCGAAGACAUCGCCUUCAUCCGCGCGUUGGCCAUCAUCUCGGUGCUCGGCUACCACUUUUGGCCCGAUGUCUUUGGGCUCGGCUUCAUCGGCGUUGAUAUAUUUUUCGUCCUCUCCGGCUACCUGAUGAUGACAAUCUUGGCCGCCGACAAUUCGGGUCCGGCGGAGAAGCUGCUCAACUUCUACCACAAGCGCAUCAAGCGGAUUAUGCCGCUUUACUACAUGGUGUUACUGGGAAUCGUAAUUUCCUGUGGCUUCGUCUACAGCGGCGUCUGGCUGGCCCAAUACUUCCCCUAUUUCAUGAGCGUCAUCACGAUGCAACUCAAUCUGAAGUUGUACGCGAGUGAUGGCGACUAUUUUGCCGAGAGUACCGAAAACCUCCCAUUUCUUCACACCUGGUCCCUGGCCGUCGAGAUGCAGUUCUAUCUGAUGGCUCCGUGUAUAUACUACCUGAUCCGGCUCAAGGUUGCAGGCCGAGCUAUUGGUGUGCUGUUUUCGGGCGCGAUUUUGUUGGCGUCAUUCUACUUCCAAUGGGCUGCGACGCCAAUCACCGCCUUCUACCAUCCAUUCGCGAGGAUUUGGCAAUUCCUGGCCGGAAUGUUGGCUAGUCACUUCUCGGAGGGCGACUUGAAACUUCGAAUUUCGGAUCGUUUGGUUGAUUCCGCAACAAUCGCGCUGCUCAUCCCGAUUUUUGGCAUCUUUCUUCCGGACGCGAUCGCGAGUGACGGGCUGCAGGACUUGGCGCCGUUCGUGGUUCCGGCUAUGGUGGCCAUCUUUCUGAUGGUGUCUUCCUAUAGCGAUCGCCUCGAUUGGGCCCGUUUUCGCCUGAACUACACUGCCGCAAUUUCCUAUGCCCUGUACCUCGUCCACUAUCCGGUGCUCAAAUACACGCAACAUCUACAGCCAGCCUAUUUUGAGUCCAUUCCAGUAUGGGUUAUUGCGCUGCCGGUGACAAUUGUGCUGUCGAUUGCUGUCCAUCACCUCUACGAGAAACCAAUGCUCCGCGAGGCCCCGAAAGUGGUGUUCAAGCAUAUGGCGAUACUCUUCGGGAUCCUCUUCAUCGUGGCCAUCGCGUGGAAACCGAUCUUCAACACCGGCUCGAACGACCCGAAAAUCAGCAACGUCCAAAGUGUCGCCGUUGAGCCGGCCAAAACACUUUUGGAUCCAAAGGCCGCCGUCGAAGCGAACAGGGUGUUCUUGAAAACCUACUAUCCGGCUCUCGGCGAUGAAGUGAAUGAUGCCUUCAAAGGUGCCUUCAGCCAUUACACUUGGCCGGGCAAUAAAGGAAAACUGAGCGUCGUCGUUGUCGGCAAUUCGUGGGCGUGUCAACAACAAUAUAUUGUCCGCAAAUAUCUCCCGACGAGCAUGACAUCGAGCCUCGACGUCUAUACAGCCUCUGGAUCAUCCAUCGUCUUUCAGCGGCUAAAGCAUCGCACCGAUCUAUUCUGGGCUGAUAUGGAGAAAAAGAGACCCAAGAUCAUUUUUGUGCUGUUGCGUUACACCUACCAAUGGGGCGAUUGGGCACCUUAUCAACCAGGAAAUGACACCGUGCUCAACUACUACCAGCAAGCGGUCGAUCGGCUCUCGGAAUUCGCCGAGCACAUUUUCAUCUCCAGCCACCAGCCGUUCAUUUGCCCGAUAGCCGGCAAGGACAACAAUAUUCUCUCGCGUUUCAUCGCCGCCCUCGAGAAUGGCAAGGACUUGACCAAGCUGAACAUGCCCUACAAUGCCAAGAAAUUUGCCGAGGAUCCGGUGCGCAUCCGCGUGAAGUUGCUGUUUGAACGCUGCAAAAAGUGUCAUUUGCUGGACAUGGAUUCGCCGUUUAUCAAUGUGGAGAAGAAUUGGGUGCAGGUGUACGACACGAAGACGAACCUCGCCUACUUUGACAACAGCUGCCACUUUACCAAAACCGGACUGGAGACGAUCGAGCCGCAGUUCGAGAAGGCCAUCCGCGCUGCCCUCCCAGAAUAUUUCCCU